AAAGGUUCAUCAAGCUGAGUUGAGUUGGCUGUCUCGUCCGUGUGCCUGGCCGUGACUGUCUCAGCGAAUUGUUGUUGUGGGCAAGUCGAGGAGACGGGAGAAGAAGAGGGAGUUAAGUGUCGGUCAUACGAAUAUUACAUUUUUUUGUUUAUUACCAGAAACUAAUUUCGACGUCUUUUCAUUUAUUCGACGCCAUGGACACAGCCAAUCAAGACAUCAAUCUGAACUCCCCUAACAAAGGCCUGGGCACAAACAACCUCUCGGAUGUCCCUGUUGAAGGAGCAGUAGGAAACGCUGAAAGACCGCUGCCUCCCAGCCUGACGGAGGAAGAGGCGGAGGAAUUGCGCACGGAGCUCACCAAGGUGGAAGAGGAGAUUAACACUCUGCGGCAGGUUCUCUCGGCCAAAGAGAAGCACGCCACCGAGCUAAAGCGGAAGCUGGGCCUCAGUCCCCUCACCGAGUUCAAACAGAACCUCACCAAAGGCUGGCAGGACGUCCAGACCUCAAAUGCCUAUGUGAGAACGGCAGGACGACUGAGCGAGUGGAAUGAGAAAGUUAUUGGUUCUGAUCUAUAUCUUUCAGCGACAUCAACUCUGGAUGACAUUGCCCAAUCAGAAGCAUAUAAAAAGACUCAGGAAACCCUGUCUCAGGCAGGUCAGAAGACCUCUCUUGCCUUCUCCACCAUGGGCACCGCCAUCAGCAGGAAACUGGGUGACAUGAGAGCUCUACCUUUCUCUCAUUCCUUUGGUGGCAACUACUCCAUUCGCCACUCCAUAAGUAUGCCAGCCAUGAGGAACUCACCCACCUUCAAAUCCUUUGAGGACAAAGUUGGAAACCUCAAGACCAAAGUGGUUGGCGGUCAGUCCAAUGGCGAGGAGGCCCAGUCCCCGCAGGAGACCAACCCUGUACAGGACAAAGCCCCCUUCUAGAGCCACCUUCCCGCGCACGCCUCACUCCACCCAACCCCGCCCCCCAGCGCCACGACUGUACAGUCGCAUCAUCUCUCGCUCCAGUGAUGCCAGUCAGCCACCUGUGACCUCCAGCUCCUGGCUCCUCCAUCCUCCUCUAACAGCCAUGACCUUGCCCUCCUGACCCUACAAAAAGCAUGUGCUCAUCUUGCCAUCAGAACAUCACCGCAAGCACCCUCACUCACCUGAAGGCUACAUGACAGGGAAUCAACAGAUGUAAAAAUCAAAAUUAACACCAAAAAAGAGCAAAGAAAACAGACAAUAAAAGAUGUUAAACCAUUUUGUAUUAUAAACUAUUUUACACUGCUUUGCAUAAUGUUUUUACAUAACUUUUAUCUAUAUACAAAGAUAUAUAUAUAUGAACAGCUAUAUUUAAAGUGUACUGCCAAGCAGCAUUCAUCUAGGUGAGGGAAAUCUGCCAAAACGUAAAUGGGGGAAAAAAGCAAAUUUAAAAGAGGAUUGGAAGAGAAGACAAAAUGAACUAAUAUUUUAAAAUGUAAACAAAAAGGAGGAGAAAUUAUCACAGCAUUCUGAACUGCUGACCAUUCUACUCCAGUCUUUUGUUUUUCUUAAACUGCGUACAACAUGAAGCAAUGCUUUGCAGCACAUCUGGUGAAUGUGGAAUCUCUCAGCCUUACACUUUCUCACUAGUGUUUGCUUGAUCUGCCUGAUUUCUGGCGUAUGCCUGUUAUUAUGUUUUAUGCUUUAUUGUUAUGUUUAUUAUGUUUGUUUUAUUUUUGUUUCUUCUCCAUUUCCUGUCAGCUGAGUUGAAAAUAAUGUAUUGGGAGGGUAACUGUGAGUUUUGUGUUGAUUAUUUGCCUGUUUUUGUGCCAUACCCCACAUGGUAGUGUUCAGCCGAUGCACGCAGGUCUGUCACUGUUCUGGUGAUGAGACAUCGGAAACCACUCAUGCACAUCUACACCAGUAACACACCGGUCACUUGUGAAACCUCACUAGUGAAGGCUCACUUCCAUGUACACUAACCUGGCUCUUACAACAUUGAACCCAAACAAUCGUAAUAUUUUUAAGUGUGCGAUUGAUUGAUUGAUUGAUUGAUUAACUAGAGACUGGACUCUACGGCCAUCUUGAGCAUUGCAUGCACGGUCACUUUUUUUUACUUCAUCAAGAUGAAGUAGAUUGUAUAAUUGGCCUGCAAAAGUCUUUCUUUCUCUUUUGUGUUUUAAUCAACUCUUUUGCCUUCAUGACACUCACCGUGUCCUUUUCUGUGUGGCCAUACGCUGAAGGGUAGUUUACAGCCACCUAGAUUUUUGGGGAGAUUGGUCUGCAAGGGAUUUGUUUUCAGUUGCCAUAAUUUAAAACAAAAUAUGAAGAAAGCUGCCAUUAUUAGAUAACACAACCUAUGUCUAUCACGAAAUUCACAUGUGCUAUUGGAAGUGUAGAACACUGCAUACUAGUUUGUACAGAAUGAGGGCUAUUGUGUUUUUGAGGAUAUGGAGCCAGUGUGUAUUCUGAAAAUGUCAUGGGCAAGUUAGAUUAGGCUAAACACACCAUAGAGCUUUAAUUUAGGUAUAUGACCUUUAGAUGUACAGAGGAAAUGUUAUUGUUUUGUUUGGAGCCAACUAUGAUGGAUCAGUUUUCAGUUUAUGUUUUUACUCUGUUUGGAAUAUCAAUAAAGCAUUCCUUAAAAGAA